GCCCGCGGCGCCCAGUGCAGCCUCGCGAUCCGCCCGAGCGCCAUGGCCGAGGUGGACCACCGGAUCGCCACUUGGAUUUCCAAUAACGUGCUGUACAUCGCCCUGGCUUUGGGCCUCGUCUGGUUCCUGAGGAAAAGCCUGCCGAAUCUGCGACGAAGAUGGUUUGCCUACUUUAUGCACAUGUUUACCAAGGAGAAAGAUGCCAAGAUCGAGGAAAUGAAGAAGGAUCUCUUUGCAAGCAUGAAGGAUAUCGUCUCCCAAGAUCCUGAGCUGCGAAAGCAAAAUUCCAUUCGGAUUUUAGAAAUUGGAGUCGGAACGGGUGUCAACUUUUCCCAUUACCCGGAUGGAAGCAGACUGGUGGUUGUGGACCCUAACCCUCACUUCAAGAGCUACUAUAAUGACAAUCGAAAGAAGUUUCCCCAUAUUCAGGCUGAAGAAAUAUUGGUAACUACAGGAGAGAAAAUGGACAUGGUACCAGACAACAGCAUUGAUGUUGUGGUCAUGACCCUAGUACUCUGUAGUGUGACUGGCACCGAAGAAAUCAUGAAGGAGAUUUUGCGUGUUCUUGUUCCGGGUGGCAAGUUCUACUUCUUGGAGCACAUCAGGGAAUUUGACACUGAAAAUCACAGUACAAGACAGAAGAUCCAGGACCUCCUGACAAGGAUUGGGCUCUGGCCAUUUUUAUUUGAUGGCUGCUGUCUGAAUCGUGACAUGCUUCCAGUUAUCGAGGCAGCUGGCUUUUCAAAGGUUAACGGAGAACGUUUCUAUGCACCGGUUAAUAGCUUCUUCUUCCAACUCAUUAAGCCUCACCUCAAAGGCACGGCUGAAAAAUGAGUAUGUCCCCCUUCAUUAUCAGUGGGAAUGUGGUUGUUAUCUUGUGUAUUGAAAGAAAGGUUUCUUCUUUUUUUUUCUUUUUUGUUAUUGUAUAUGUUUUUUUAUAUUGUAUCAGAAAAUAUAUUUUGGAUACAAAGGUUAUGUGUGUUUACAAUAACAGAAACCAAUCCACUUUGGGAGUAAUAAUUACUGAGUUAGAAGGGAAAAGCAACUAAGAUAUAUGAGCAAAGAGAGCGUUUGUUACCCUAUGGAGAGUGAAGUUUCAUGACUUGAUGGAUAAAGUUUCAAUACUCAAAAACAAAAAAAAAAAAUCUGUUCUUCUUUUAUAACAAUAUGCAGUCUGGAACUUUGGGUGAUAUCAGUGAUUAGCUAUCAUUUUCUUGCUUUUUUUUUUUUUUUUUUUUUUUUUUUUUCCUUUUUCUCUUUUUCUUUCUUUCUUUCACUUUCUCUUUCUCUUUUUUCUUCAGUAUCAUGUUUGUUCAGAAUGCUUCAUAUUUACACACACACACACACACACACACACACACACACACACACACACACACACACACACACACACACACACACACACACA